UUUUUUCCGUCUUAAAAAUUUGUUUAAAAUUGUUCGUGUAUAUUUUCGCGUAAUAAAUUCGUUUUCAAACGAAAUAGAAGAUGAGUCAAAUAAAUUGUUUGCCACGUCCAGCUUUUUGGAAAGUACCCGACUAUAUAAACAUUAUGGAUGAUAAUAAAAAUGUAUAUGAACAACAAAAACAAUUUACCUCCCCUACGCCCAGAAAAUCAUCAUUAACGUUGUAUCGUGACUCUAGACCACAACAUGAAAAGAUUAAAAAACGUGUUCGUUUUAAGGACGUUGACGACAACGAUUAUCAUCAUCAUCAGCAACAUCUUCAUCAUUUCGAUAACUCGAAUACAAAUAAAGUACAAGUGGGCAGUCCUGCUUUUGGUGAAGUACUGCGUGGUGAUAUUAUAUCGAAAAUAGGUGAAUACGAUGCUAGAGAUAUUAGUCAUGCCAAUGCUCAGAUGUUAUUCCGUACCGCUGGCAAUGAAAUUAAGAUUGUAGUACACAGGGACAGUAAAAUUGCCUAUACUCAAGGUCUUAGUGGAGAUAGCUCUAGAUCAGAAUCAGCUUUACUUUCCACUAGCCCAGAUCAAUAUCCUCAUAGAGCUCCUUCACCAUUUUUACCCGGACCGGGGCAAUAUGAGCGUGCUCUACAAGUACCCGUAGAUACAUUGCCCCACACAGUAUUUCCCAAAUUAAAUGCCUCUGGUGGUUAUGUCCCUCCUCCAGAAAAUUCUACUUUCACACCAAUGCCAACACGUGAUCACCAACAAGAUGUUGCCGAGGAGCAAGCAGCCAUUGUGAAUCAACCUUACCGAACAACUCCACUGGUUUUGCCCGGUGCUAAAGUGAAAAAAGAUGCUCCCUCCACAGAUUCCUAUUUGAGACACUACCCCAACCCAGCUGUACGUGCCCAUCCCCAUCAUGAUUAUCAUGACAGUGUAAUGAAGCAACGUGUUGCCGAUACCAUGUUGCACAGAGUUGUUGGUCAGGAAGCCGAUUCUGGCAAAGUUUUCCACAAACAAUUCAACUCUCCCAUUGGUUUGUACUCCGAUAACAACAUUGAAAGCACUAUCCGCCAAACAGUUCCAAUUUUCAUCGAUCUAUCUUUCCUGGAACAAAAAUAUAAAAUACUGGAGCAACAAAAACAGAAAGAACUACAAGAACAACAGCAACGUGAACAGCGACAAAAACAGCUGGAACAACUAUAUCAUCAUUGAGAAUAAUAAAAAACUAGAGCAAAAAGAUAUUCUUUUCAAUUUGAUUUUAGAAAAAAUCUUUGAAAACAAUACUAGAAGAAAUUUAUUCCAAACCCACUAUUCAAUUCCCCAUACAAACCGCCCACCACAACUACCCAUCCAAAGAUAUCUGAAAUCAAACAUCCCCUCCCACUAAUUACCUAAUAACACAAAUGAAUCUAAGAGCAAAAAAUAAUAAAAACGCUUAUGUGGCUAACAAAUUUUUUAAAAACUACACUUUGUUUAAAUACUAAAUAGAUAAUUUCAAAAUCUAAAUUACUUCCUAUCAAGUCCACGAUAAAAAUCAAUGUAUAAAAUUACCUUUGACUGUCACGCUUGUCCACUAAUGUCUAGCUAGACUCUUUCUUUUUUUAUUGCUAAUGUAGUUCUAACACCAUUCUUAAUGAAUUAAUUCUUAAAUUAAGAUUGAAUUGGAAAUUGUCAUUUAAACUGUCAUUUGCGUUGUUUUGCAAAUUUACCAAAAACAUUUUUUGAAACUAAUUCUAACUUAUUUUGUGCACAUCCUGUUUUUUCUCUCUUCUCACUCUACGCUCUAAAAUAAAUAAAAAUCUCUACUCGUCCAAAAAUAAAAACAAAUAUGUAUAAAAAUAACCAAAAUCUAUAAUAAAAUAAAUAAAAUCUACAAAAAAAUCUCAAAAUAUCAUUAAAACGGUUCAAUGAUGUAAACCAAAAACCAAAUGUUUGGUGAUGUCGAACCAUCCACAACAACCACACAACAAUAAUAUGCUGCGCUGCAUUCAUGCUUUUUUAUUAAACAACAACUAUAACAUCCAAAAUAUAA